AUGGCUAGGUUAUCGCUGAAGCUCGGAAAUAGUACAGUGGAAGAACUGAUCUCAAGAACGCGAGAGUACGAUAUCGCCCCAUUUCGGAAGAACACGUUCACCACGGAGUGUAAGAAUUACAUCAACAUAAUCAAGCAUGGGGAAGACGUUAAGCCCAUCACGGCAAAAGAGUACUGGCAGUGCAUCGAACAAUCCAAUUCAGAUUGGAACAAUGCCCUCGUCAUAUGUACAUCUACAGAAGCCCGCAAUUUGCUCCAGCGCUCCAUCCUUCGCGUACCACUACUUGUACCUUCGGAGUUAGACGACAGUCCCGAAAAACGAUCGCUCGCACCUGAGGCGCAGUAUGCGAGUAUUCUCAGAUUCCGGAAAUAUGCCGAGGGUGAUUCGGUCAUCAAUAUGCAAGACCUUUCUAGCAAACAGGUAACGCGCCCACUGAAGAUGGACACGGCGUUCAAGCGCAUGAACGUACCAGAAAGCCCACCAAUCAACUUUCUGGAUAUACGGCCAGUUUGUCGCAACGUGUUGCCUUGGGAGUUGGACGGCCUUCUCGACUACAGCGUCUUGCAUGAAGCCACUGAGUAUGGGGAGAUGUCUAACUACGAGGGCACCAACCAUUCGGAUCUUUCCAACAAAGACAGCUUUGCGCUGUGGGGAAAGAAAGGUGUAUGUUCAUAUCCCCAUAUCGAUGAGCACGGCUUAUACACGGGUGUAUUGUGUGAAGAGGGCGAAAAGCUCUGGUAUUCUUGGUCACUCACCGACCAAGAGCGCGAAAAGUGGGUGAUAUCUCGAGAACAAAACGAAAGGCACCCUCCAGAGAGGCCUGGCUUUCCGAUUCCCCUUCGGAAGGGCGACCUCCUUAUCAUGCCACCGGGUACUGUACAUGCGCCGUUGUCGCUUACCAAUGUCGUCAUGCGCGGGUUUCAUAUAUGGUGCACUCGUACGAUGGUCCAAACGGCCAGGUGCGCACUGCUAGAUCUGCGAUAUCCCAUGAUCACAGAUGAUGAGCCGCAGAAAGAAUUGAGGAACAAACUUCAAUAUCUGGUGCGUGCAUCGAAAGCGCGGCUUCCGCCUUACGCGUGA